AUGGUUAGUACAACCGUUGCACUUUCGCAAGAAGCGUUGCUGUACGAGGCCAAUAAGCGUGACUAUUUUUUUGUCGGUGUGCGCAGCCCCAGUAAAGACAGGUACAGCUACAAAACAACCCAUCGGAGUCGUUCACCCCGCACUCGCGGGUCUACAUCACCAACUCCAGAACUGCCGUCUCGAAACGCAGAGGGUCGGUCUGGUCGCUACCGUCGAAGCCGCAGCCGCCCAUCGGACCCACCCGAAAGGUCGCGGAAUGGUCCUAGCAGUGCACAUGAUAAGAAAACGGUGCCAAAUAAACAUAAUGUUGAAAAACUCAUCGAAGAUGAGGUUGCACGUAGGGUGGAGGCAGAGGUGCAGAGACGCGUUGAACAACUGAUCAACUCGCCCGAGUUUCAGAAAGAGCUCGACGCCCGGCUCGCUCAGGAACGCGAGAGGCGAGAACGAACAAUGAGGAACGACAUCGAGAGAGAGAAGUCACGCAUACUAGAGGACUUCAGGAGAAAGGAGGAAGAGGACAAACGCUCAAAACAGAAGCUGGAAGAUAUUUUAGCUGAAAACGAGCGUAAAGUUCGACUGGAGCAACAGCGCCAAGCGGAGGAGCAAGCAAAGGCAGAUGAGCUCCGCCUUAUGGAGCUCCACCGACUUCAGGUGGCGAGGGAAGAGGAACGCCGAAAGAAGGCGCUGGAGGAGAAAGAGGAGACACGAGCUUCGACCCAGCCUCUACCGCGACAGAAGCUAGCUUUCAAGAUGAAGGCCACUUCAUUGUUUUGA